CAUGCGAAAAGUGCAGGCCGUCUGAGAAGUGCUCCGGAUUUAGCAGCGAACGGUUGUCGUUUUGGUCGCGCAUCGUUUUACGUAGUAUUUCGCUGUUCGCGUUUAAUUCGUAUUAUAGUUUCUCUCUCAAUAUUGUGAGGGAGCGGAAGAGCAUACACGCACCCACGCAGCAGAAGCAGCAGCAGCACAGCGAGUGACAUAUAGAACCACUGUAGCAUCUACCUCAGUUAGCAGCAGAGAGUCAAAGGCAUAAUGUCGAAGCCACAAUCGGACGCGGAUCGCAGGAAGCAAAUUUCGGUGCGCGGCAUCGCCGAGGUGGGCAACGUAACCGAGGUGAAGAAGAACUUCAAUCGUCAUUUGCAUUACACCCUGGUCAAGGAUCGCAAUGUUGCCACGCUGCGUGAUUACUAUUUUGCGUUGGCCAACACUGUCAAGGACAACAUGGUCGGACGCUGGAUUCGCACACAGCAGCAUUACUAUGAGAAGGAUCCCAAGCGCGUCUACUAUCUGUCCCUGGAGUACUACAUGGGCAGAUCGUUGACCAACACAAUGAUCAACUUGGGCAUCCAGAGCGAAUGCGAGGAGGCCAUGUACCAGCUGGGUCUGGACAUUGAGAAUCUCGAGGAGAUGGAGGAGGAUGCUGGCCUGGGUAAUGGUGGUCUGGGUCGCUUGGCUGCCUGUUUCCUCGAUUCGAUGGCCACUCUUGGCCUGGCUGCCUACGGUUAUGGCAUACGCUAUGAGUACGGCAUCUUUGCCCAGAAGAUCAAGAACGGCGAGCAGGUGGAGGAGCCUGAUGAUUGGUUGCGUUUUGGCAAUCCCUGGGAGAAGGCACGCCCUGAAUUCAUGCUGCCCAUUCACUUUUAUGGCCGUGUGAUCGAUACACCCGAGGGCAAGAAGUGGGUGGAUACCCAGAGGGUCUAUGCCAUGCCCUAUGACAAUCCCAUUCCCGGCUUCGGCAACAAUCAUGUGAACACGCUGCGUCUCUGGUCCGCCAAGUCCCCCAUUGACUUCAACCUGAAGUUCUUCAACGAUGGUGAUUACAUUCAGGCCGUGUUGGAUCGUAAUCUGGCCGAGAAUAUCUCGCGUGUGCUGUAUCCCAACGACAACUUCUUCGAGGGCAAGGAGCUGCGUCUGAAGCAGGAGUACUUCAUGUGCGCCGCCACUCUGCAGGACAUCAUCCGUCGCUUCAAGGCCUCCAAGUUUGGAUCUCGCGAGGCCGUUCGUAAUACUUUCGAACAUUUCCCCGACAAGGUUGCCAUCCAGUUGAAUGAUACCCAUCCAUCGCUGGCGAUUCCUGAGCUGAUGCGCAUCCUAGUCGAUGAGGAGCAUCUGAAGUGGGAGGAGGCCUGGGACAUCACUGUCCGUGCCUGUGCCUACACCAAUCACACGGUGCUGCCCGAGGCUCUGGAACGUUGGCCCGUCUCGCUGUUGGAGUCGAUCUUGCCACGUCAUUUACAGAUCAUCUAUCACAUUAAUUUCCUGCACAUGGAGAAUGUGAAGAAGAAGUUCCCCGAGGAUCUUGAUCGCAUGCGUCGCAUGUCCCUCGUCGAGGAGGAUGGCGAUAAGCGCAUCAACAUGGCCCAUCUGUCCAUUGUGGGCUCGCAUGCCGUCAACGGUGUGGCUGCGAUCCAUUCGCAGAUCCUCAAGGAUACGCUCUUCCGUGACUUUUAUGAGAUGGAUCCCAAGAAGUUCCAGAACAAGACGAACGGCAUUACGCCACGCCGUUGGCUGCUCCUCUGCAAUCCGGGUCUGUCCGAUCUCAUUGCCGAGAAGAUCGGCGACGAGUGGCCCGUGCAUUUGGAUCAACUGGUUGCUCUCAAGAAGUGGGCCAAGGAUCCCAACUUCCAGCGCAAUGUCGCUCGUGUCAAGCAGGAGAACAAACUGAAGUUGGCCGCCAUUCUGGAGAAGGAUUACGGUGUCAAGGUGAAUCCCGCCUCCAUGUUUGACAUUCAGGUGAAGCGCAUCCAUGAGUACAAGCGUCAGCUGCUCAACUGCCUGCACAUCAUCACAUUGUACAAUCGCAUCAAGAAGGAUCCCACUGCUAACUUCACACCACGCACCAUUAUGAUCGGCGGCAAAGCUGCUCCUGGUUAUUAUGUUGCCAAGCAGAUCAUUAAGCUGAUCUGUGCCGUUGGCAAUGUGGUCAACAAUGAUCCCAUUGUUGGUGACAAACUGAAGGUCAUCUUCCUUGAGAACUAUCGCGUUACUCUGGCCGAAAAGAUAAUGCCCGCCGCCGAUUUGUCCGAGCAGAUAUCCACAGCUGGUACCGAAGCCUCCGGCACUGGCAACAUGAAGUUCCAGCUGAACGGUGCCCUAACCAUUGGCACUCUGGACGGCGCCAAUGUGGAAAUGGCCGAGGAGAUGGGAUUGGAUAACAUUUUCAUUUUCGGCAUGACCGUCGAUGAGGUGGAGGCCCUGAAAAAGAAGGGCUACAAUGCCUACGAUUACUACAAUGCCAAUGCCGAGGUCAAGCAGGUGAUCGAUCAGAUCCAGGGCGGUUUCUUCAGUCCCGGCAAUCCCAAUGAGUUCAAGAACAUUGCGGACAUUCUUCUCAAAUACGAUCAUUACUAUUUGCUGGCCGACUUUGAUGCCUACAUCAAGGCACAAGAUGAGGUAUCAAAGACCUAUCAGAAUCAAGCCAAAUGGCUGGAGAUGUCCAUCAACAACAUUGCAUCCAGUGGCAAGUUCUCAUCGGAUCGCACCAUUGCCGAAUACGCACGUGACAUCUGGGGCGUUGAACCCACCUGGGAGAAGCUGCCCGCCCCGGAGGAUCAGCAAUAAAUCAAUGAACAACUUCUUUUUGAUAUUAUAUUUUAUUAUUCGUGUGCUUUACUUAUGUUAAAGUCCAAUUUUAGGAGCCAAAAUGCAACAACUAAAAAGAAAAACGUAAUAAAACUAAAUGAAAAUCCAAGAAGCAAAUUCAAGGAUAAGCUAGCGCUAAGAUGUGAACAUCGAUCGAUCGGGCUCAUUGUUACUACUUAUUUUAUUUAAUAAAAAUUUAAACAAAUCUAAUGCUAAUCUUCAAUCUUUGAUGGAAUCAAAUUAGCAACACAGCGACUACAACACGGUACCUACUAAAUCGCCAUGAGACCUCAGGAACACUUUCAAAGUAAAGAGAAAACGAAAUAUUCAACAAAUUAUUAAUGAAAGAAAUUACAACUUAGUGCAAAGCUUUGUUAGAUAUGAAUAUGAUAAAUACGUGUUAUGGAAAAAAUAAUUAAAUAAAAAGUUCAACUGUUAAA